CCCGCGGGGGGCGUGGGGACUGGCGUGGCGCUGACAUCACGGCCGGUGGCAGCGGAGCCCCGCGCCGCGCGGCUGCCAAAGCCAUUGUGCACCGCAGCCGUCGGCGGGGCCCGCACCGCGCUCCGAUCGCAAUGGCUGCUUGGCUCUGACCCAUCCAAAUAUCCAUCCGAGUGAUGCUGGCACCGGGCUCUGGGAACAACCACGAGGAUGCCUGAGGCACUGAGCUCCUCCUGCCUGCUGCUCUCCCUGCUCACCCUACACUGGGCUUGCCUCCAGCCGGGCCGAGCUUUCCCCAGCAGUGCUGAGUACCUGCAGCGGGGCUGGCAGCGGCUGCUGGAGGAGGGUGAGGGCUGCGCCGAGUGCCGGCCGGAGGAGUGCCCGGUGCCGCGCGGCUGCCUGGCCGGCACAGUGCGGGACGCCUGUGACUGCUGCUGGGAAUGUGCCAACCUGGAGGGACAGAUCUGCGACCUGGACAACACCAACCACUUCUAUGGCAAAUGCGGGGAGCACCUGGAGUGCCGGCUGGAGGCCGGCGACCUGCAGCGCGGUGAGGUGCCCGAGCCCCAGUGCACCUGCCUCUCGCACCGGGCGCUGUGCGGCUCCGACGGGCGCACCUACCCCCAGAUCUGCCGCUUCCUUGAGUCUGCCCGUGCCCACCCUGAUGCCAACCUCACUGUGGCCCACGAGGGUCCCUGCGAGGCAGAGCCUCAGAUCACCUCCCCUCCUUACGAUGCCUGGAACAUCACCGGCCAGGACGUCAUCUUUGGCUGCGAGGUCUUUGCCUACCCCAUGGCGUCCAUCGAGUGGAGGAAGGAUGGCACGGAGAUGCUGCUGCCGGGAGAUGACCCCCACAUCUCUGUCCAGUUCAGAGGCGGCCCCCAGAAGUACGAGGUGACUGGCUGGCUGCAGAUCCAGGGUGUGAGGGUGACGGACGAGGGCACAUACCGCUGCUUCGCCAGGAACAGGGUCGGGGCUGUGGUGGCGGUGGCCAGCCUGACCGUCCUCACGCCAGACCAGCUCAACCUGACGGGCUUGUCCCUGCCGGAACCCCACGCCAUGCCCGAGGACUACGGGGACAGCGAGGAGGACUACUACUAGCCUGGAUGUGGAGCUUGGCACUGGGCAGCGCUCGCCCUGUGGUGCUUUGGGGUCCGGGAUGGAUCCAGAGCAAACAUCCCCAGCCCUCAAGUCUUCUCUGAACGCCUCUCUUUUGGGCUGGGGACAUGAUGACACGGUGUGUCACCCUCAGGCAGGGACACCCGGGAGCUUGCUGCUAAAAUGCCCUUCUUUCCCGUUUUGUUUUUAACCAGAAAAGUAGUGAUUUGAGGCAACCUGACAUUCGUGGUUUCACCCCUGGACAAUGUUGGCCUGAAAGCCCGUGUGUCCACAAAUGCUUUGGCCUUUUCAGGUCGGCUUUAUGCUUCUACUCCCAGGCAGCUCUCUUUGCUGACAUCUCAGUGAGUGCUGGGCCAAGCGUGCGCAGGGCUCUGAGCAACCGUCAGGGAUCGUCCCAUGGGGUCCCUCUGGGUUGGCUGCUCUCCUUCCCUUUCUUUCUUCCCUUCCUCUUUCUCUGGAGAGCUGGCUCAGACGAUGCAAUUACGGCAUCAAAACCUGAGCGAGCAAAUAAAAGGGAUUUGUCUGGAGUUGGCAGCGGCCUGAAAUUCCUGCAGCCGGUGAGGCUGGGCUGGCCCCCACCCCAUGCUGCAGCCAGCAGUGCUGCCUGCCUGGCCCAAACCCCACCGAGUCCCUGCACCUCUGCGGUGGCUCCUGGGCUCUUUCUAUGAUGGUGAACCCUAUGGAGCUGGGACAGCCCCCGCUCCUGGGCUGCUUCUGCUGCUGCCUAGGCCAUUUUCCCUGGUGUUGAUCCCCUCCCUGUUCUGUACGCUGAGUGUUUGGUGGAACUGGGCCACGCUGGGGCUGCGGUAAGGAAACCUGAGAGCAUCCCAUGGCUCAGAGCCGCCUGGCCCUUUGCUGGCCCCCAGCCAUGCUCCUGUGCCAGCCCUGCCUGUGUCACUGCGUCACUGGGCUGGUGGGGACUGAGGGGUUGGAACCCAUCCAUAGGGCAGCAGCUGCAGAUCCAGGGCACUGCUCCCUGCAAGGCAGUGGGGUUGGUGUCCCCUGUGCCACUUAAAAAUUAAAGGAGCUGAUAUUGC